CCCAGCGCUAGCCCGCCUCACCCGUGCGCGUAAGGAGCCGGCGGCGGCCGGGCGCCUGGCUGGUGGUCCCUAUUUCGAGCUGUCAUCCGGGGCUAGAGCGUCAGCGUCACUCUGAGAUGUCGUCUAGGAACAGCUGUCUCGGUUGCAGAUGUUGUUUAUGAUGAAGCUUGCGAGGCCUUCUGUGCGGUCAGCGCCCCCCAAACACGCUCUUCUGUAAAUCAAGGGCUGUGAAGUCUUGUCCGUUGCGUGCAGCCCACGCUCCUAAACUCUUGUUCUUAUAGGUAACAUAAACCAGUAGUUGUUAAAUUGGUCAAUUCCUUUGGUACCCUCCAAAGUGUAAAAUCUUGGCCAGGAUUUUUGAUCAUUUCGUUGCUUGGUAGCAGGCUUGCCUAGAAAGCAGCCGUGGUCAUCUCCAACAGAACCUUCAGGACUUUGUCAGCCUCCCCACAUAAGAAAAGAAAGUUCAAGGCAGACAUUGGAAGACAUGUCAGAAGAUUCAGAGGAGGAAGACUAUUCAGACAGAAGUAUCAGUGAUGACGAUGAAUCAGAUGUGGAUACAUUCAUGAAAUUUGUAAGUGGUGAUAUUCAUCAGUGUACAAUACUAGCAGCUGAUGCUAUUGGUGACCCAUUCUUCCCUCGAACUACACAGAUUUUAUUGGAGUAUAGGUUAGGAAGAUGGGUACCACGCCUUCGUGAACCAAGGGAUUUAUAUGGUGUCUCUUCUUCUGGUCCAUUGAGCCCGACACGGUGGCCAUACCACUGUGAGGUCAUUGAUGAAAAAGUCCAGCAUAUUGAGUGGACUCCUUUUUUUCCUGAGCCGGUAUAUGUCCCGACAGGCCUGGAAGUAGAACCUGUUUACCCAAACUCCAAGGAAGAUACUGUGGUUUAUCUAGCUGAAGAUGCUUACAAAGAGCCCUGUUUUGUGUAUUCCCGAGUUGGGGGUAACCGAACACCCUUGAAACAACCUGUGGAUAACUGUGACAACACUUUGGUGUUUGAAGCGAGGUUUGAGAGUGGUAAUCUACAGAAGGUAGUCAAAGUGGCAGAUUAUGAAUACCAGCUGACUGUGCGCCCAGACCUCUUCACAAAUAAGCAUACUCAGUGGUACUAUUUCCAGGUCACUAAUACUCAAGCAGAAAUAGUCUACAGAUUCACUAUUGUCAACUUCACCAAGCCUGCUAGUCUCUACAAUCGGGGUAUGAGGCCACUGUUCUAUUCUGAAAAAGAGGCCAAGACCCAUAACAUUGGCUGGCAGAGAAGAGGAGACCAAAUCAAGUAUUAUAAAAACAACCUUGGGCAAGAUGGGCGCCAUUUUUUUUCUCUUACAUGGACAUUUCAGUUUCCACACAGCAAGGAUACUUGCUACUUUGCUCACUGCUAUCCAUACACGUACACCAACCUUCAAGAAUACCUUUCUGGCAUCAACAGUGACCCAGUAAGAUCAAAGUUUUGUAAAAUACGUGUCUUGUGCCACACACUUGCUAGGAAUAUGGUGUAUGUCUUGACAAUCACUACUCCCUUGAAGAAUAGUGACUCAAGAAAGCGCAAGGCUGUGAUUUUGACUGCAAGGGUCCAUCCAGGAGAGACCAACAGCUCUUGGAUCAUGAAAGGCUUCCUAGAUUAUAUUUUAGGAGACUCAAGUGAUGCACGGUUGCUUCGGGACACUUUCAUCUUCAAGGUGGUACCCAUGCUGAAUCCAGAUGGUGUCAUUGUGGGAAAUUACCGAUGUUCCUUAGCUGGACGGGAUUUAAACCGUAAUUAUACAUCUCUCCUAAAGGAAUCUUUCCCUUCUGUUUGGUAUACAAGGAACAUGAUCCAUAGGUUAAUGGAGAAACGAGAGGUUAUUUUAUAUUGUGAUCUUCAUGGCCAUAGUAGGAAACAGAACAUUUUCAUGUAUGGCUGUGAUGGUAGCCACAGAUCUAAAACAAAAGGAUUAUACUUACAGCAACGAAUCUUUCCACUCAUGCUGAGCAAAAAUUGCCCAAAUCAAUUUUCCUUCUCAGCUUGCAAGUUUAAUGUUCAGAAGAGCAAAGAGGGCACAGGAAGGGUUGUGAUGUGGAAGAUGGGCAUCAGGAACAGCUUCACACUGGAAGCCACCUUCUGCGGAUCUACUCUUGGAAAUAAACGAGGAACUCAUUUCAGCACAAAAGACUUAGAGUCAAUGGGAUAUCAUUUUUGUGAUUCUCUAUUGGACUACUGUGAUCCUGACCGGAGCAAGUAUUUUCAGUGUCUGAAAGAAUUAGAAGAAAUGGAAAAACAUAUAAGCUUGGAAAGAGUCUUUGAUGAUUCAGAUAACUCUCUAGUAGAAAUUUCAUUGGAUGUAGAGUCUAGUAGUCGAGGCUCUGAAAGUUCAGAGUCCAAUGACACUCAGACUUAUCUUCUCAAGUUGACCUCUCAGGUAAAAAACAAGAAAAAGUAUCUGAAAACAAAGAGGGAAAGAAAUGCCACCCUAGCAAAGCGCCAGAAUAACACAAGAGAGGCUUAUAGUAAAGAACGUUUACUCCAAAGACAAGAAGAAUCAAAUUCUGAUGUCAAAGGAGCUCCUCUUUUAACCAGGGAAGAAAAGCAAGUAAGCCAGCAGUGUGUUGCAGAUCCAAAGCCAACUGUACCAGAUGUUUAUGUGGCUCACUGUUUCAAAAGACCAUUGCCUAAUCAAGGCUUGGUGAAAAUUCCUGAACAUAUCUUUUAUCCCCGAAAAACGCGUUCAAGCUCCAGACGUAUGAAUCAGAGUCUUAACAAACACCAACGGACAUAUACUGUAGAAACUUCUAAGAGUCCAAUCCAAGAAGCAGUUCAGUCCAAAGAAAUCAACAUGUAUGAAAGUUGUUUCAAAGUGGCAUCCUUGAAGUGUCCUAUGAACAAACAAACUUCAAAUUGGAUUGAGAAGACAAGGAUACCAACAGAGUCACAACAUGAAUUGAAAAGGAAAGCAAAAAGACGCACAUCUUUUCAAAGCAAGAGGACUGGGACAAACUGGACAGAUGAUGAAAAAAGAAUCUACAGGGAUAAAAGAAUAGCUCAAACUCAGGAGAUAUUACAGUACUUACUCCCUAUCGUGGAAUCCUCUAAAAACAUAAAAUCGACUCAAAUCAAAGACCUCUUCAAUCCAGGAGCCGACUUCCAACAACAUCAACUUAUUCCAACUGCUUGCAUAAAUAUAAGAAGAUACAGCACACCUUGGACACCAACCAGAAAUCUCCCUUUUAAAACCCAAAGGAAUCUUAUGACAAAUGCCUCAGAAUGGCUCCGGUCUGUGCCUCAGGGCUCAUUUGAAAGUUUAUCACCCCUCUGCAAUCUUCAGAAGAGGAAAAAGCAUUCCGAACUCUGUGGCAGAGACACUGAAGAUAAGACGCUUCCCAGCAGCAAACAGGAGACUGUUCCCCCACGUUCUAAAAUGGAUGCAAAUAUUGUCCAGGGCAACAGUCUUCAGCCUGAAGAGUUCAUUCUGAAGAGCUCUGAGCAGAUGGUUCCUCGUCCAACUAAAGGCAACAAGAAACCAAGUGAGAGUAAUGGCCGCUCACCUUCCAUCUGAAGCUCCACGGCAACAGUUCAUCACGCUGACAGUUACUCUGAGAACUGUGGCUGAUCGAGAUGUGCUGACACAGUAAAAGUCAGCAGCCCCCCUCCCCUCUUCACAUGCAUAUGUGGAUACUGAACUACAGAUUUUACAUAGCCCAUCUUCCUUAAAGGAAACAUCUUUCAGAGGUUUUAAAAAUCCAGAGGAAAUAUAGAAACGUUAAAAACACAUAUAUUUAAUUUGUAUCAACAUGGGAAAGAGCUUGAAACUGUUGAUUUCUUCCAAAAUUAUGUGUGUAUAUAACAACAAAAAACUAAGACUUCAAGAAAGGAAAGAGAUUUUAGUCCCUUUAUUGAAUCAGCAGCCAGCAUCACUCCUGCAUCUCUUUUAGAUAGUUGGUAUGCUAGAGAAAGCACAGGAGAAAUAAACAAUAUCUCUCCCUUCUAGAAGAACAUCAUAUCAUUGUUCCUGUGAACAUACAUGAUAGUUGGGCAUAGUGGCAUACUAGUAAUCCCAGCACUUGGGAGGUAGAGGCAGAAGGAUCGGGGAUUUAAGGCUAGCCUGAGCAAUAUUUAAAAAGCAAGAUAUAAAUACUAAUAAUAACUGAAUAAGAAUACAUAGUAAAGCACUAAUUUGUAUACCUCCAGUUGAUGAAAAAGCACAUAUUAAAAGAUGCUAAUUGAACAGACCAAAGGGAACCAAAUGACAUGGAAACAUAUUAUGGUUUCAAAGUCAUUUUACAUCUCAUAAUUAAGCAAAGUUGUGAAAGAUUAGAAGUCCCAUUUUUCCUAGAGUCAGUGAGUGCACACCUCCAGCCUUUUAUUCAAGUGGAUACUUUGGAAGCAAGUCCUACACAUCACAUUUGUCAUAAGGUGGUGAGCAGUCAGGCUAGGGGGUACAAGCUAUAAUCCCAUCUGCUUAGGAACCUGACUCAGAUUACAAGUUCAAGGCAUGAGUUCAAGAGCAGUCUCAGCAACCUAAGAAAAUCCUGUAUCCAACCAAAAGACUAAAACAACAAGGAGGGAAACUGGGGGUGUAGCUCGGUAGAGAGAACUACAUGCCUAGUGUGGGGAGGCCCUAGUUCACACCCCAGUAUCACACAAAAAUACAAAUAAAAAUACAGUGAGUACAAGGACAGAUUCCUGCAGCAUGUGCAAAGGAGUAAGUGUAGCAAGUGUGUCAGUCAAGAUGAAGGUGAGUGAGCGAGGAAGCAGGAGACACAGCAGACACAGGUCACAGGUCUAAGUGGGAUAAAGAGACUCUGCAGUCAGUGUUUCUAGUAGCUGAGAAGGACUCGAGAGCUCACUGCAGUGUUAAGAGAAUAAACGUUAUUUGUAGGGAAUUCUGAGCAUAAAUUUCCUCAAGAAUCCUUACACAUGGUAGGAAACAACUGUUUUUCUCAGUAAGGACUGUGUUGUGGGGGUUGGUGUCUGGGAUCCCAGGUCCCUAAUUACUUUGCUAGGAAUUCUUACCUUGGUAACUGACACCGUGAUAGAGUACGAGCUCUAAAAAGUCAACCUGCCCCUGUUCUCAUAAAUCAGGGAAAGCUAAACUUCAUGAAAAUCUAAAUUUUUAAAUUGACAUUUGUUCUUUGAAACUUCAGUUAUAUGAAAGUUUGAGACUACAAACUCUAGAGUUGAAUAUCUUUGUGAGUAUAACCAAAGUAACAAACUGGUCUCUUGGAAGACUGGCGUGUACAGAGGUAUUUCCUUAAUUAUUUUGCCUUUAUCCUUUCCCUUAUAAUCCCCUGCCUUGUACCAUAUUUUUUAAUGUCUUAUUACAUUAUUUUGUGGGGGGUGUGAAUGCUCAUGCACCAUUGAGUCAUGUAUGCCAUGGUACACAUGGAGGUCAGAAGACAAUUUGCUGGAGUCCAUUCUCCUACCACAUGGGUACAGGGAUGGUACUCAGGUGGUCAGGCUUGGCAACAAGUGCCUAUACCCACUGAGCUGUCUAAUAAUCCCUCCCCUUAUCUCUUAUUUGCUAUAAAUACCUGACAUGUAGACCAUUUUCACUUUUCCUCAUGUUAUAAUAUUUAAAUUUCCUAAAUAUGGUCUUCCUUCCAUAAAGACCAUUCAUUCCAUCUGAUUAUUAUGUAAAUCUUGCAGUACAACUGGAAAGCCUGUACUUCUCCUUGAAGAUUAAACUCAAAAGUUCCCUUCUCUGGAAAAUCCCCACUAGAUCUCUCAGGAAUGUAUAGUAAUUAGAUUAAUAUGCUAAGGCUUUGAGUGGAAUAAGUAGGCACUAUGAGAAAGGAUGAGUAAUAUAGAAAGCUGUAAACUCGAAGAAACAAUGGCUCAGAAUUAAAGACACUAAUGAAUACUGAGCUCAUCCAUCAGUUAGGCUUUUCUCCAUUUAGGAUGAUGUUGGCUGUGUGUGUGUGUGUGUGUGUGUGUGUGUGUGUGUGUGUGUGUGUGUCGUAUACAUGUUGAGCUAUGUUCCCUCCAAUCCCACUCACUCUAGGACUUUUAUCAUGAACGCAUGCUGGAGUUGGUCAAAUGCCUUUUCUUCACCUAUUGAGAUGAUCAUAUAAUUUUUGUCUUUAAGUCCAGUUAUAUGACUUAUUAUAUUUACUGAUUUACAAAUUAUUUUCUUUAAUUCCUACUCAGAUUUUUAUUAUUUUUUUCCUUCUACUGGAUUUGUUCUUGUUUUUCCAAAUUCUUGAGAUGCAUCAAGUCAUUUCUUGGGGUCCUUUCUGAUUUUUUAGUGUAGGUUCUUAGAGCUAUAAUUUUUCCCUCUUAAGACUGCUUGUAAAGUGUCCCAGAGGUUCUGCAUGUUGUAUUUUCACUUAAUUCUGGAAUUUAAAAAAUUUCUUUCUAUAGUUCUUCUGUAUCCAUUCAUCACUCGGCAAUAUGUUGUUUUAAUUGCCAUGAAUUUGUGUAAUUACUAGUGAUUCACUUAUUAUUGAUGCAUUGUGGUCGGAUAUAAUACUCAGAGUUAUUUCAGGAUCUCUGAUUUUUGUAAGAUUUUUGUGUGUGUCCUGGUGUGGGCAAAGCCUCCAAAAUCAAGAAUGAAAAUUAUAUUUUC